AUGGACAUAAGACUGUUUGGGGCAUCUCAUACAGGAGAUGUUCAACUCUUGCACCAACUGCUUGCAGAGAAUCCACUUCUACUCCAUAGCCUUGCGCUAGCUUCCACAGAGAACCCCUUACACGUUGCUUCGACUGCCGGCCACGUUGACUUUGUUAAGGAGACUGUGAGGUUGAAACCAGCUUUUGUGAAAGAACUCAACCAGGAGGGUUUUAGCCCCAUGCACAUCGCAUCCGCCAAUGGUUAUUUUGAGAUUGUAAGGGAGCUGCUGAAAGUUGACCCAAUACUGUGCCGGCUAAAUGGAAGAGAUCAGUGGACUCCUCUUCAUUAUGCAGCUGCCAGAGGAAGGGUAGAUGUUGUUGGAGAAAUGGUUUUGGCUUGUCCUGAAAGUGUUGAAGAUGUGACCAUACAAGGGGAGACUGCCUUGCACCUUGCUGUUAAGAACAGCCAGUUUGAAGCAAUUAAAGUUGUGGUGGAAUUGGCCAUACAACUGACGAAGGUGAACGUCCUGAAUAUGAAGGAUAAGCAUGGCAACACAGCUCUUCACCUAGCAACUUGGAAGAAACAACACCAGGUGGUGGAAUGGUUAGUUGGCAUAAAUGGAACAACACCGGGUGCGUUGGAAAUAAACAAUGUAAACCAGAGCGGUCUCACACCUCUUGAUCUGCUGCUAAUCUUCCCAAGUGAAGCCGGUGAUAGGGAAAUCCAUGAGACCCUUCGCCGUGCUGGAAGUUCAAGAGCACAGGACAUAGCCCAUUCUGCUGUUCCUUCAUUUGACUCUCAUACCCUCUCACAUUGCCCCAUGGCAUCAGAGACCCCUCAACUGCAGCAGCCAAAUAACUUGAUGGAAUACUUCAAGUUCAAAAAGGGCAGAGACUCUCCUAGCGAUGCGCGUACCGCUCUGCUAGUUGUGGCAGUACUGGUAGCCACAGCAACCUUUCAAGUUGGGCUCAGCCCUCCAAAUGGUGUUUGGCAGGACAAUGCUGGCUUGACCAAGAAUGGGACUGGCAGUGCUGAACCAGCAAACUUAGCAGGGAAGUCCAUCAUGGGUUCUUAUAGUGCAGUUGCAUUUGUCUUCUUUGAAUCUUUCAACACAAUCGGGUUUUCAGUUUCUCUUCACAUGAUCAACGUCCUCACUAGCAAUUUCCCUUUGCAGUUGGAGCUUCAAAUCUGCAUCUUUGCAAUGUACUGCACCUACAACGCUGCAAUGACCAGCAUUGCACCAGAUAACACAAAGGUCUUCGUCAUUGUGUUUACAUCAGUUUUCCCUACUUUGGUACCAGUUGCUGCCAAAUGGACUAGGCACUUUUUCAUGAGGCUCAGAGAAUUUCUAGCAAAUUGA